ACUCCAGUACAGUAGGUGGCGGCAUGCACCUCUAACUUUUGUUUGUGAUGUCCAUUAUAUUACAGAAGAAAAAGAAGACUUCCUCAAUUUCUCACUAGCAAAAUGGUUCCUCCAGUUGCAGUCUCUCCUGUCAUCAAGACGGCCAGGUGGUCAUUCUUGCUCAUUGGCAUGUUUUAUGGCAAACAAAGAUAUGACUAUCUGAAGCCAAGAGCAGAGAAAGAGAGGCUGGUUGAGGAGGCAGAGAAGAAGAUCCGAGAGGAGCAAGAGAAAAUUGCCAAAGCACUGGCAGAAGCCUCUGAAGACACCAUCCUGAAAUGAACUGCCUAUGGAUUCUGUUUGAAGAAUAAUGAAAUAAAAAACAUAAGUCAUUUAA